CUCACUGGAAAGGAAGACUGAGAUAGUGUGUGAGGGGGAGGAGAAUGAUAGAGAAAAGGAGAGAGGAAAAGCAAGGUGCAUGCACACAUUGCUCAGCUUGCACAUUGCAGCCGCGACAGGCAAGCUGAGAGGCGCUUGCAUCUGAACCUUGCAAACAAAAGAUUAAAUGACAUCUCAGCACGUGCGUUAGAUUGAUACUUCUUCACUGGAAAGGCACUGCCAAGAAACAGAAGCAUUUUGGACCACAGUGGAGAAGAAAAAAAUAAGACAGCACUGAAAUUCCUGAUAUCACUAUCUGGGUUUCUCUAAGUGGGUCCAGGAAUGUUCCAUCUUCAGAAAAUAGGGGACUGAUCUCUCAGGACACACUGGAAAAGGAUUCCACAGUUGAAUUACUGAGCAGUAUAAACAAUUCUGUGUAUUUUUUUGGAUAAAAAACAGGACCAAUCAUUUCUCCUGGUGAUUGCUGAGAAAGGUGUUAAGCCUUUUCCAUUGAGGUAAGCCUGGAAAAACAAGAAGACAGUUAUUGACCCUUCAUGAAGCAGAGCAAUGAUGAAUGAAUCCAUAAUGGCAUUGUCAUCUCUGGUGAGCCUGGCAUUGCUGUUCCUUAGUGUUAAAGCUGUGCCACAGCGCACAGACAAAACAGUAUGGACAGCUAGGAUCAAGCGGCAAGCUACAGAUGGAAGUGGCAACACCAACAAUCAAAGCCAGCCUAUGAUCUUCAACCAUGUAUACAACAUUGAUGUUCCACUAGAAUCUCUGUGCUUACUGGAUCUGGACUCACAGGGAUUUACAGAAAGUGAUAAACUGGGGAAGGAGUAUGAGGAGCAAUCAAUGGACUCGGAAAACCAAGUGACUUUCACCCACCGCAUCUACAUCCCCAAGACAGUGUGUUCAUGCCCAGCUUCAGCCAUGCUGCAACACCUAGCCAGUCGUAUAGAGAUGCUAGAGAGAGAAGUUUCACAGCUCAGAGCACAGUGUAGUGGUGCUUGCUGUGGAGAUAACUUAGUCCUGGACCGGCUGGAUUUUGGCCAUCACUGCAGUGGCCACGGCACCUUCAGCAUGGAUGUUUGUGGCUGUGUGUGUGAUGAAGGCUGGACAGGCAAGAACUGCUCAGAAUCACAAUGUCUGGGGAACUGCUCUGGCCAGGGUGUGUGCGUCGAAGGCAUGUGUGUGUGUGACACUGACUUCAGUGGAGAAAACUGCUCAGAGCCAAGGUGCCCUGGUGACUGCUCAGGCCAGGGUGUAUGUAUUGCUGGAGAAUGUGUGUGUGAGGAGGCCUAUUCCGGAGAUGAUUGCUCUUUAAACAGAUGCCUGAAUGAUUGCUUUGAUCAGGGGCACUGCAUAAAUGGAACCUGCCAGUGUAGGCAGGGAUUCCUAGGUGAAGAUUGCUCACGUAUCUCUUGCGCUAACAACUGCAGCCACAAGGGAGAGUGUAAGGCUGGAUUCUGUGUGUGCCAGGAGGGCUACAUAGGAGACGAGUGUGCUUCAGUGGCACCACCGUUGAAUUUGCAAGUUCCUGGAGUGACAGAGCGCACUAUUGAAAUAGAGUGGGAGGGCUCAUCAGUUGUAACUGACUACUUGAUCACUUACAUUCCAACAAGUCCAGGUGGAGUACAGCUGGAAUUAAGAGUUCAAGGGAAUGUGACCAAUAUCACUAUCAGUAAAUUGGAUCCAGGUCUGGAGUACAACAUCAAUGUGUACACUGUAAUUAAUGAUGUCAUCAGUGUUCCAGUAAGCACCGUGGUCUCAACCUAUCUCUCAAACCCUGAUGGUUUACUUUUCAAAUCUAUCAUGGAAACAUCAGUGGAGGUUCAGUGGCAACCGUUGGACUACUUGUUUGAUGGUUGGGAAAUAAGCUUUAUUCCUAUGGACAAUGAUGGAGGAAUGACAACCCAGCUGCCCAGUACCAUCACAUCCUACCUUCAGACUGGUCUAAGACCUGGAGAGGAGUACACUGUAAAUUUAGUGGCUCUGAAAGACCAAGGCAGAAGCCAGCCUGUCACUGCCACUGUUACCACAUUAAUUGAUGGACCAACCCAUCUUAUAAUCCGUGAUGUCUCAGACACAGUGGCAUUUGUCGAAUGGACUCUGCCCAAGGCAAAAGUGGAUGAAAUAAUCCUGCGAUAUGGAAUAGUUGGUUAUAUUGGACCUAAGACCACAUUUCAUCUAGAACCAACUCUGAGUCAAUACUCACUACAAGUUUUAAGGCCAGGCUCCAGAUAUGAAGUGUUGGUUAGCAGCUUUUAUAAAGGCAAUGAAAGUAGAAUCGUCUCUGCUGAGUUUGUCACAGAGAUCGAUCCACCCAAACACUUGCGUGUACUCUCUAAGACAUCUACAUCUCUGGACCUGGAAUGGGACAACAGCAAGGCUGCUGUGGAGUACUACAGUGUUGUGUAUAGUACACUGGCUGGAGAUCAGUACAAUAAACUCUUAAUCCCACAGAGCAAUGGAACCACAACUAAAACCAUUCUGACAAAUCUGCAACCAGGUACCGAAUAUGGCAUUGGAAUAUCGGCCAUUCUGGGAACCAACCAAAGCAACCCAGCCACAAUGAAUGCUAGGACAGGUCUGGAUAUCCCCAUGGAUCUGAUGGUCACAGCCUCCACAGAAGACAGCAUCACUUUACUCUGGGGCUCUGUGCAGGGACCCAUUGAGUAUUACAGAGUGAGCUACACCUCAGCUAGUGGUGUGACCACUGAAAUAACCGUACCCAGAGAUAGCAGCAGCACCACACUGACUGGCCUGGAGCCUGGUACUGAGUACACCAUCACAGUCAUGGCUCAGAGAGGCAGACAACAAAGUGCUGCUGCCACAAUUGAUGCCUUUACAGGCUUUCGUCCUGUGAGUCAGCUCUACUUCUCAGACAUCACGGCUGAUUCACUGGCUGUAGCUUGGAGUGCUCCAGCCCCACCUGCCAAUAGUUUCAAGCUGUACUACACUACGGAUGAUUCCAGUGAGGAGUCUGAAGUUGUUCUGGAUGGUUCCAAGACCAGGACUGUCAUUUCUAGCCUCUUGCCUGCUAGAAAAUACAUUGUUUCUCUAGUUACUAUGCAUGGAGACACAGCUUCAGAGCCAGUUACAGGCACCAUUGUCACAGGUAUGGACCCUCCCAGAGAGAUUAUGGUAUCAUUGAUCUCUGAGGAUUCGGUAACAAUAUCAUGGGCUCAGCCACUUGCUUACUUUGAUUACUACAAAAUGUCCUAUCAGUACGGAAGAGGUCAAGUGGACAGUGUGGUGAUUGACAAGGAUGCAACAAACUAUACUCUGACCAGACUUCAUCCAGCGACAGAAUAUGAGAUUAAGUUAAACACUGUGCGAGGAAACCAGGAGAGCAAGGUCAUCAGCACCAGUGUCUUUACAGCCAUGGACAUGCCAAUGGAACUGAUGGCCCUAAAUGUCACUCCACAGGGAGCAUUGCUGCGCUGGAUUCCUCCACUUUCUAACGUGGACAACUAUGUACUCACCCUCACACACAGCCAAGUGACAGCAGAUAUAUUUCUAGUGGAUGGAAACAAACAGGAACAUCAGCUGAGUCAACUUCUCCCUAGUACUCCCUACUCCAUUUCUCUCUAUGCCACCAAGGGCCCCUUGACUAGUGGCACUGUAGUCACCAGCUUCAUCACACCGAUGGAUGCGCCCCAGAAUUUGACUGCCAGUGAGGUGACCCACCGAAGUGCCCUUAUCUCAUGGCAACCACCCAUUGCUGAUAUUGACAACUACAUGCUGACAUACAAGUCAGUUGAUGGAAGCCGCAAGGAGCUAAUUCUGGAUGCUGAGGACACAUGGAUCCGUCUAGAGGGGCUGGCUGAGACAACAGAGUACACAUUGAGAUUGCAGGCAGCCCGAGGCCUUGAGACAAGUGCCAUUGUUUCUACAUCCUUCACAACCGGAAACCGGUUGUUUGCUGUACCCCAGAACUGUGCUCAGCAUCUUCUAAAUGGUGAGAUCCUUAGUGGAGUUUACACUGUGUACAUCAACCGUGACCCCAGUCAGGGUGUGCAGGUCUACUGUGACAUGACAACUGAUGGAGGUGGCUGGAUUGUGUUUCAGAGGAGACAGAAUGGCCUGACAGAUUUCUCUAGGAAGUGGGGUGAAUAUAAGACUGGAUUCGGGAAUCUGGAAGAUGAAUUCUGGUUAGGUUUGGAAAAUCUUCACAAAAUUACAGCUCAAGGACGCUAUGAGCUGCGCAUUGACAUGAAGAAUGGCCAGGAGACAGUAUACGCCAACUAUGACCGCUUCUCUAUUGGAGACUCCAGAAGCCUCUACAAACUUAGAAUAGGGGAAUACAAUGGCACUGCUGGUGACUCUCUGAGCUAUCACCAUGGUCGACCUUUCUCCACUAAAGACAAGGAUAAUGAUAAUGCUGUGACUAACUGCGCACUUUCCUACAAAGGAGCCUGGUGGUAUAAAAACUGUCACAGAGUCAACUUAAAUGGCAAAUAUGGAGAGUCCAGGCACAGCCAGGGUAUUAACUGGCACAUGUGGAAAGGGCAUGAGUUCUCCAUUCCUUUUGUCGAGAUGAAGAUGAGACCUUAUAAUUACCGCAGCAUAAAUGGCAAGAGAAGGAGGUCCACUUCACACUAAUCAACUGUUUCAUGACCAUCUUACUAGCUUUUCCUAUUUUUACAUAAAAAGUAAGGAAAAAUAAGGCUGUGUUGUUUUUUGAUCUUUUGAAGAAUUGCAUUUAGAUGAUAAGUCUUUGGACUGUUCCCUUUUCUGUAGAAACUUUUCAUCCCUGAAGGUGUAAAAAAAAAAGUUCCUAGGUACAGAAUGGUAUAAUGUUAUUUACAACUAAUGGUUUGGGGAAAGGACACGAAUAAAAAUACAUGACACUGUUACUUUAAGGAAAAAGAUUUUAGAAGAAAAUCAGUACACAAAAAAUAAGAGACUUAUAUUUUUAUAACUGAAAACAGCUGUAAAUUAUGAUUGAAUGAUUUACAUGCAAGACUUUGGGACUGUUUUGGAUCUAAAAUUGAUUUUGAGCUUUUCACUUAAUUUUAUUGUGCUAUUUGUCAUAUACAUGUGUUAACUAGGAAAUCCCCAAAAUGGCAUUGAUAGUGAUUUAGACUAUAUGGGUUUUCUUAUAUAAAGUAUAUAAAUACAAUAACUGAUUUAUAGAGUUAAAUUAACAUUUUAAUUAUUAUUUGUAUUUUUUAUUCACCUAAUUUCCAUGACCACUAUGAUUUAUUGUGACCUAGACUGGGGUCACUAUAAAUCAGGAGCCUUUGACAGUAACACUGUAUCACUAUAUGACACAAUGGCCGCUCUGGUUUGCUGUUUAAAAAUGUUUCUGCAAUAUUUCUUUGUUUUAAAUACUUAUACACAUUCACACUUAGUUAAUGUUAAGUUAAUGUAGCUAAUCCUCCUAUUUCGAUGUCUUUGGAGGUGGGAGGAAACUAGGGAACCCCGAGGAAACACACAGACAAGAGGAGGACAGGAACAGAAAUUAUAGAAUAACAGUAACCUCUUUUUAUGACUGAACCAGAGACACACACACACACACACACACACACACACACACAUAUAUAUAUAUAUAUAUA